AUGAUGAAAAGAACUAAGAAACAACUGCUUCCAUCCAUUGGAACUCUGCUAGAGGAGCUUCUCACAAAGGUGUUAGCUCGAGUUGGAUCUUCUAUAGUGAUAGACCUCUUCAACAUGAAACUGAGUUGCAAAGAAUUCUACAGGGCUGGGGUUGACGCAGAAGUGCUUCGAAGGGUCUCAUUAGAGAAGCUACCGGCAAUUCCAUGGCGGGUGAAAUAUUUUAGUAGAAAGAAACAAGAAUUACGAAUUGAGUUAUUGAAGAAAGCAACUUAUCUUGGGCAUGAAGAAGCCGCAUACAUGCUCGGAUUAAUCCUCUUGUGCACUAAUUACCCAUUUAAAGCAUAA